GGGAUUGGAAGGAGAAGCUGUAAAUGUAAUGCACAGUUGUUAAGUUUUUUAAUUACUUUUAAGUCUUCACACUUUUUGAUUUUUUCCUCUCUGUGUGUUGUUUUAUUUUGUUAUGUUUGGCUGAACUUUUUUUUUAUCCUGCAUCUGGGAUGUGCACAAUGACCUUCUCUAACCAGAGUUUGGAUUUUUGACUUAUUGGAAACGAACAUUCUUAUGCCAUUGCAUUUGUCACAAAUGCAAUGGCAUGCCACCUGCAGGGGUGACUCAAUUUAAUCAUUCAUAUUUGUUUUGUUUUUAAUAUACCAUGUUACUGUAGAAAAUAGGGCUGAUAAUUGUAAAUAUAUACCAGCCACUAUGGAUGAUAGACCAAAUUGUUUGUUUGUAUCCUUGUUUAGGUUGUCUUAACAUUGUUGGCUAAAAGGAUCCUGGAAAAUGUUUAAUAUUUUUGCUCAGAUUUUCUUUUUUUUUUUAUACAACCUGACCCUGAGGUUGUGAAAUUGGAGUUUAACAUAGCUCUAUGUUAUUUACCAUAAACCCAUAUAUCUAUAAACUUUAACCUCAUUGGCCAUUUUGGCCAAGUCAGUCUGUUUCCCCUUUUUCUCAGGAAACAUUUUAUUCACGUGUCCUUCUGAGAAUCGAUCCACCUUGGGGAUUGGCAUAACCAUAAUUAUUGUUUCUUAUCUUGAUUUAGAGUGAGAGAGAGAGAGAGACAGAGAGAGGAGAGAGAGAGAGAGAGAGAUGAUUUUCCCUGGUGUUUCUGGAAGUACAAGUCAUAAUGUGAGAUAUCAGAAGUGUGUCGAUAUUUUAAGAAAGUAUGACCCAUUUGUGGGCUACACCUCUUCUGCUGUAAAGGGCACUAGGAUAGCAACUGUUCUACAUUAUUAGAAACACGUUGCCCCUCCCUCAAGAGCAGAGUGGGUGGGGUCAAAGAGCCAACUCAGGGGAGAUCAACAAGGAAGCGCGCAGCUCAAAAGAAACAUUUAGCUUCUUAACUUUCACACAACCAACAACUGGUCCCUUUCCAGAAAGCUCCGUCAUGCUACUGACAGCCAAUAAAAGCACUGGACCUUGGAUUACUCUAGCACUGUUUUUUGCAAGCUUCCUGUGUCCCGUUUUGGCUUUCAAAAUAUGUGCAUUCAAUGUCCGAAGCUUUGGAGACUCUAAAUCAACCGAUGCCAUGGUCAUGCACACUCUGAUUCGAAUCCUGUCUAGGUGUGACAUUGCCUUACUUCAGGAAGUGAGAGACAGCAAAGGAAAGGCCAUUCCCAUCCUGCUUGCUGCACUGAAUAGGUUUGACUCUGUACACACUUAUGACGCUGUGGCCAGUGAGCGUCUUGGUAGGACUUCUUAUCAGGAACAGUAUGUGUUUGUGUACAGGACAGAUACGGUCAGUGUGAAAGAUCAAUAUCAGUAUCCUGACACACAGAAAGGGGACGAGGAUGCUUUUGCUAGAGAACCGUUUGUGGUGUGGUUCCGAGCACCGAGGACAGUUCUGGGGGAGUUUGUGCUCAUACCACAACACACAUCUCCUACCAAUGCCACAAAAGAGAUCGAUGAACUCUACGAUGUCUUUGUAGCCAUAAAAAAUAAAUGGAGGGUGGAGAAUGUGAUGCUCCUGGGUGACUUUAAUGCUGCCUGUGGGUACGUAGCAAAGAAGAACCGCAAGAACAUCCGCCUCUACUCUGACACCUCGUUCAUCUGGUUGAUCGGGGAUGACGUAGACACCACGGUGAAAGAAACAACCGACUGUGCUUAUGAUCGGAUCGUCAUCCAUGGAGAGAACUUUGCCCAAGGCAUUGUUCCCUAUUCAGCAGGUGCUUUCAACUUUGCUAAUGAGUAUAGUCUGACUGAGGAGCAGGCUCUCGGUGUUAGUGACCACUACCCCGUGGAGGUGGACCUAAGAGACGGAGGGCUGAGGGCAGCCCCAACUCCCCACCUCCUCCUCGCUGCUCUGUGUUUACUUACGACUUCGCUCGUAAGCACACUGAACAACUGAGAAGGAGAGAGAGAGACUGCCUGGACAAUUGUUCCCAAAGAGCCCAAUCUGACGGGUGGAAUUUGCACUGAAGCUGAAGAUAUAUUAAUGGAUUUGAGGAUGAAUGCUGGUCAUAUUUUUGAAGAGAAGAGAUAUUUUUUAUAUUAUAAGUUUUACCCAUCACUAGGAUCCAAAUACCUCUCAAUAAUUUUUUUCCAUUGGUUUGAUAAUAUGCUGACUUUGAAAUGAUGCUGCUAAACAGCUUAGUAUCAAGCGCAUAUCAAUAUUAUAAAGGAAUUGGUAUUUUGUCAGUAUUUAAGUGUAUGAGCUAGGUAUAUAAGGUAUUUAAGAUUUACAAACAUUUAUUUGUGAGUGUUUAAACAGAGCUAAGGAAAUAUUAUCCUUGUGUCUUUUGUCUAGCAUAAUAUUUUUUGGUGGCUUGCGAUUGCACAAAAUGUUAUGCUGACAUUUGUAAGAUUUCACUUGCAGCUAUUCUUCAUAAUUAUAAAUGUGUAUAUCUGUUUGUUUUAUGUUUAUUUUAUUUCUUUGAAUAAUAAUAACUACAUGUCCAUUUUGAAUUGACAACUCAACACCAAUUCAAUACAACCACUAGCCUGAAUCAGACUAGCAAACCUGAAUACACUGCACUUUUUCCAUUAGUUUCUAUCUUGUUAGCCUCUUCAGUAAACCAUCUACUGGAUUACAGUUGGCUAAUGCAUUGGCUUCUGCCUUCUGGCAUAAAAAGCACAAAUGCCAUGCUUAUCUGUUUCUGUUUAGUUGUCUUCUCUUAUUGAUAAAAAAUUUUCGCAACUAGAAGGCUGAUACAGUGGGUAAACUGGGUAGGCCUACAGUAUUAUUUGAUUCAAAUAUUUGUGUUUAUUGCCCUGGGGAUCAAUAAAGUAUCUAUCUAUCUAUCUAUCUAUCUAUCUAUCUAUCUAUCUAUUUAAUAGGGGGGGUUACAAGGUUGUGAUAUUUUCGACGUCUUAAUUAGUACACUAGGAAACUUACAUCUAGCUCCACACUAAAGAAACAACUGACUGAAUCAGCUAAAGAAAAUGUGUUGCUGUACAUGUUUAACAGACAUACAUCAUUUCUUCCAGUUAGGGAACAGUUCUAAUAAAUAUCCUAUUUUCCUCG